CUUUAAUCAUCUCUAAUUUAUAAACACAAUGGCACACAGACUUGGCGGACGUAGAAAGAACGUAAAGAAGGGAUUCCAAUUCACCUUGAUGGUAGUUGGUGCCUCUGGUACUGGACGUACAACCUUUGUAAACACACUUUGUGAUGCCCAUGUUCUUUCAAAAAAAGAAUCUGAUAAUCCUGAAGACGCACACAAAGAAGAGGGCAUUAAUAUUAAGCCAGUCUCUGUUGAAUUGGAUGAAGAUGGUGUCAGAAUCUCUUUAACGAUUGUUGAUACACCUGGCUUUGGUGAUAAUAUCGAUAACGAAGCAUGUUUCCAUGAAAUCGUUGCCUACUUGGAGAAACAAUAUGAUGAUAUCCUUGCUGAAGAAUCAAGAAUCAAGCGUAAUCCUAGAUUCCGUGAUAAUCGUGUCCACGCUCUCUUAUAUUUCAUUUCACCCACUGGCCAUGCUUUACGUGAAAUCGAUAUUGAAUUGAUGCGCCGUUUAAGUCCUCGUGUAAAUGUGAUUCCUGUCAUUGGUCGUGCUGAUUCAUUGACUCCUCAAGAACUGAAAGACUUUAAGCGAAGAAUCAUGGAAGAUAUUGAACAUUACAAUAUCCCAAUUUAUAAUUUCCCUUAUGAUGUUGAAGAAGAUGAUGAAGAUACCAUUGAAGAGAACAGUGAAUUAAGAGCUCUUUUACCAUUUUCUAUCAUUGGCAGCGAAGAAGAAAUCGUUGUCAACGGACGUACUGUUCGUGGUCGUCAAUACCCUUGGGGUGCUGUUGAAGUGGAUAAUCCUAAGCACUCUGAUUUUGGUCGUUUGAGAUCUGCUUUAUUAAGCUCCCAUUUGCAAGACCUUAAGGAAAUCACUCAUGAUAUCCUUUAUGAAAAUUACCGUACAGAAAAAUUGUCUCGUACUGUUAAUGGCGGUGACCAAGAGGAUGCCUCCUUGAACGCUGAGGAUAUGGCUACUCAAAGUGUCAGAUUGAAGGAAGAACAAUUGAGAAAGGAAGAAGAAAAGCUCCGUGAAAUUGAAUUAAAGGUUCAACGUGAAAUUCAAGAAAAGAGAGCUGAGCUUUUGAGUAAAGAAGAAGCUCUACGUAACUUAGAAGCUAGAUUAGCACAGGCACAAUUAGCUGACUAAAAAAAACACAAAGCAAAAAACAAUACAACAAUAUUAUUAUUAUUUUUUAUAUAAUACAUGGAUCCUUUUUUUUAAUAAUCUAAUUCUUCUUUUUUUAAUUGAUUGAUUUACUUAUGAGUGUGGAUGAUGCCAAGCAGCAGCCUUCACUUGAUGACACUUUGAAGGAAUCAGCAUACUACAUGGAGGAUACAAGUGAAUACAAC